AACUGUAUUGCUGGAAAGUUCACAAUGUCUGGUGAAGAGGGAGAGCCUGUUGACCUGUACAUCUACGACCUCACACAUGGCAUGGCCUCCAUCUUGUCGCCUGCUAUUCUAGGGCGGCAGAUCGAGGGUGUGUGGCAUACGUCUGUGGUUGUGUAUGGCCGAGAAUACUUCUACGGUGGCCAGGGCGUAACUAACUGUCCCCCGGGCAGCACGGAGCUGGGCGCGCCGCAGCAGACGCAGCGGCUGGGCCGCACGCACGUGCCCUACGCGCUCUUUACCGAGUACGUCGAGGGCCUCGCCACCUCCAGCUUCAGGGGUUGCGACUACAAGCUGCUGGAGCACAACUGCAACCACUUCAGCGACGAGGUGGCGCAGUUCCUGUGCGGCGCGCGCGUCCCCAAACACAUCCUGCUGCAGCCCGACACCGACCUGCCGCCGCCCCUCCGCGCCGCGCUCACCUCGCUGCUGGAGGGCAUGGCGCCCGGCGCGCAGGUGAUGGCGGGCGGCGUGCGGCAGCUGCGGCGCGACAGCCCCGACUUCCUCACCCUCAACACGCAGAUAGAGGAGGCCAGGGCGGUGUCGGCGAAGCUGGACAAGCAGCGCAGCACGCUGGCGGAGAAGCUCGCGCGCAAGGAGCGCCGUCGCGAGAAGAAGCGCCGCAAACAGAGACACCUCAACGGCGAACCCGACGACAUGGCGGAGGCAGUGGAGGUGGAGACGGCGCUGGCGGGGCCGAGCGCGCGCGCGCCGGAGCCCGACGACCGCCCCGAGCCCCGCGCCCCGCCCAAGGACCCGCCCAUCGUCUUCAGAGACCUAGAUGGCGCGGCGGAGUUCGAGAAGCUGUCAGCGGCGCUCGCGGAGGCGGCGCUGUCGGAGGAGGAGCGCACCAGCCUCGACGAGCUGCAGCAGUACCUCGUGCGCGGGGAGGGCAGCUGGGUGCUGGGCGACGAGUUCCUCACAUUCAUAGGCGCGAUCCUGUCUGGCGCGCACGGCGAGGCGGCGCGGGUGUGCGCGCUGCGGUGCCUGGCGGCGGCGGCGCUGCGGGAGGACGUGUCGCUGCUGCUGCACCAGGACCGCCGCCACCACGCGCUGCUCGCGCACGCGCACAACAUCGACCGCCUGCCCCCCGACGAGCAGCUCGCCAUCGCGCUAUUCAUGUGCAACCUGUUCGAGAACCCGUCGUCGUCGGAGUGGCUGCUGUACAUCAGCGAGUGGCAGGCGGACGGCGUCGCCGCACCGCUCUCCAACAUACGCGUCACCACCAAGGUGUGCGUGCACUGCACGCUGUGUGAGGACGCGGCGCUGCGGGACGCGGGCACGGCGCUGCUCUACAACAUCGCCACCAAGGAGGUAAAGACCGUGGUGUUCGACGAGGUGUGCGCGGAGCUGUGCAUGGCGGCGCUGCAGCUCGCGCAGUGGGCGCCGCCCGAGGAGCCGCUGUGGCGGGCGCUGGCGGCGCUCUCCCGCCUGGCCCAGCACUCCGCCGACGUGCCGCAGCUCAUCGCCAUGGUCGGACCCCACCCUGACGCCUUCCGAGGCACGAGUCCGCGCAUCGACGAGCAGAUAGACCUCAUCAUGAAGAAGAUCAAGUGACGUCACGACGCGAGGGGGUGAUGUGGGAGGAGUAGGGAGGAAGGAGGUGUAUUUAUUACGAGUUUUAAUGCUGUUGUGUUUUGUGAUAUAUUUUAUAAAUAAAUGAUGUAUCUAACA